UCCUACCAGCUGUUUCCCGCCUUGAAAGCAAUCCGAUCAGCUGCACACACACCAACACACACUCACACACAGAGAGAGACACGGUCAUGCAGAGGGAGAAAGCAAAGGGGAGGGAGAAGGAGAGGUAGAGCGCCACACACAACGAGGGAACCCCAUCAGCUGGAAGUCGAGUAACAUUACAACUCUCGGUAGCCUCAAAAAGAACUACAAUACACGGACGAGGGAUUCGGAUUUACUUUGAGGAAUUAACCCGCCUCGGAUCACGGGAUUUUUGUCACCUGUUUCCCUUUAAUCUAAAGGAGGUUGCCGUUUUGUUUUCAUUUUAUUUUAUUUUCUUAUUUUGGAGAGGGGGGCCAAACUGGCGAGAGGCGAGCAUGGAGUAUUUCAUGGUUUCAGCUCAGAAGGUGCCCCCGCUGCAACAUUUCAGGAAAACGGAGAAAGAAGUGAUUGGUGGUCUCUGUAGUCUGGCCAACAUUCCACUGACCCCAGAAACUGCCCGGGACCAAGAGAGGCGAAUUCGCAGGGAGAUUGCCAACAGCAACGAGCGUCGGCGUAUGCAGAGCAUCAAUGCUGGAUUCCAGUCACUUAAAACACUCAUCCCACACAGCGAUGGGGAGAAGCUCAGCAAGGCUGCAAUCUUGCAACAGACAGCAGAGUACAUCUUCACUUUGGAGCAGGAGAAGACGCGGCUAUUGCAGCAAAACAGUCAGCUGAAGCGGAUCAUUCAGGUACAGGAGUUAAGUGGCUCGUCCCCGAAGAGGAGACGGGCGGAGGAGAAAGAUGAAGGGAUCGGCUCUCCAGACAUCCUGGAAGAGGAGAAGACUGAGGAUCUGAGGAGGGAGAUGAUUGAGCUGAGGCAGCAGCUGGAAAAGGAGCGCACAGUCAGGAUGAUGCUGGAGGAUCAGAUGCGCUCCCUGGACGCUCAGCUGUACCCAGAGAAGCUGAAGGCGAUCGCCCAGCAGGUCCAGGAACAACAAGUCCAGACGCAGAGUCUUGUUCGCCUGCAGAAGCAGCUAGAGAGGGACCUCACUCCAGCACACAGCCCUCAGGUGUUGGCUCCUGCUACACCGCCCGCACCCACACACCAUGCCACAGUCAUCGUUCCUGCGCCUGCACAAACUCCCCAGCCCCAUCAUGUUACCGUGGUAACCAUGGGCCCAACAUCGGUUAUUAAUUCCGUGUCCACAUCUCGGCAGAACCUGGACACCAUCGUUCAAGCAAUCCAGCACAUCGAGGGCACCCAGGGGAAGGGUUUUGAGGAGGAGCAGAGGAGGGCGGUCAUUGUCAGCUCGGGGCGCAUCCUCUCCGACGCUGCAGGCUCGGACACGGCCUCCAACAGCGACGGACCCGACGACUGCUCGCUGCCUUGAGCUCGCCUGCCUGAAGGCUCGUGUACCCUACACCUUCAUACAUGCACACACUCACACACAGAAGGGCCCCAAAGCAGACCAGUGCUAUGGGAGACUACAAACUCACAGCACUCUUGUUCUGUGGACGUAAACCGGGCUGGUAGUCGGAUUAUAGCACUCAUUUUGACGUACGUUUCCCCAUCUUCUUCUCUACAUCAGAUUUAACAAAAAUAGGCACCUGAGACGGUUUACAAUUACACAUUCACACCCGUAGUUUUGCUUUUUUUUUUUUUUUUUUUUUUUUUUGCUUAACUCCAUCCUCUGCUCUUUUUACCUACACAACAAACUCUUGUAUCUUCAUGAUUCUUUGGAACUGUUAUUAAAGCGACUAAUUGAUUUUUAUGAACUCUCGGUCAAACUGGAAACUGGACUUUCAAACGCCUGUUAAACAUCUCCAUCAGCUGCCAGGACUGUCCUCCCGGCGCUGUCCUGAAGUCGUGUGACUGAUCUAAGAAACGGGAAAGAGGCCCGUGGGUGUGACGUUGGUGCCCGCCAACUGAGUGUGAUUAUUAUGAAGAUGGACGCCCUUUCAAACAGCUCCGCUCGAGAACCAUCCGGACUGUUUGCAAAGACACUGUGAGUUUGCAAGACUGUCCUAAAGGUUCUUUGUUAUUUUAUUAAGUAAAAUUUUUCAUGUUUCUCUCUUAAAUGCUCCACUAGAAAGUAAAAAACAAACAAGCAAAAAAAAAAAACUAAAGGCUGUUUUAAUGGCUGACUGGUGCUCAUACGAUAAGAGAGUACACUUACUGGUUCACAACUUUAAUUUUGUUGAUAUUUUUUAUUUUUUUUUUCUGUUUGUUUUUGCUGGGCUGGGAUCCCAGUAAUCCCACAUCUUGCCUGUUUUUUUUCUCUUACUGUUUGGAUCCUCUACUUCUGAGUAUAAAAGUCCCUGGCCUGAUGUGUAAGCUAAUCUGUUGGGCCAUGAUGAGUACUUUUUGAGGAGUGUGUGUGUCUGAGUGUUUUAAGGCAGCGGGACUUCGUGGUGCUUGGGACUCUGGCAGUCUGAAACGCCACCACUUUAGCCUUGAAAUGCACGACUCAUUUAUACGAAAAGGACACAUACAAUCACUUAUUCGCUCGGUCUAGAGAGACUGUUUUGUUGUUUGUUCCGCCUUUUGGGACAUAGGGGGACUAUGGUGAAAUUUGAGGAAGAAUGCCCAGCAAACUCGUUAGUGUGCCAUUCACGGUGACGACUGAAUUUACUACAUAUGCUCUAUGCAUUUCCUAAUAUCGGUCCUUUUCGUACGUUUUCUGUUUAAUUUUUAAAUGUAAUGACUGGGCGACUUGUAGCGAAGAGAGGUUACAGCUUGCCUUAUUAUGAGCCCUUAUUGUUGGCUGCAGGGAGGCCAUUCCUUCACACAGCUUCAGAGAACAAUCUGGACACUUUUCAUUUGGGGGCAACGGAUUUUCACCUCUUUGAUCAGGCUUGUAAACAGCGGGCAGAUGUAAUUAAAUAUAUAAAUAUAUAUUCCCAGUAAUAUAGUUAUUUUUGGGUUUCUUUUAUGUUUGCCCCAGAAUGAAACAUGUUGUUAGUUUACAAACUAUACUAAAGGUAAAUUAAUGCAAAAAUUGUGUUUGGAUAUACAGUGCCUUGCAAAAGUAUUCAAAACCUUUUAACUUUUCUCAGUUGUUUCACAUUAAUAUUAUUCUUUUGAUUUUAUGAGAAAAGUCAAAUAAUAAUGGUGAACUGGAAGAAAAAUGUCCUCAAGCAGGUUGUUCUUUCAUAUGUUUUGCUCUAUUUAUUAAAAAAACAAAAACAUUCCCGCAGCAUAAUCCUGCUGCUACCAUGCUUCUUAGCGGUGAUGGUUUGUUCACCGGGAUGUGAAAGUGUGAGUUUGCCACAGAUUUUGACUAGGCUGAUCUAACAUGCAUGCGUUUUGAUCUAAACCAUUUCAUCGGAGCUCUGUAUUUUCAGCCUCUCGGUUUUUCUUCUAGGCACAAUUUGGCUAAUUCUGUCUCCCAUCAGUUCUGACAAGAUUGAGAAAAGUUUCCCUACCACAUGAUGCUGCCAUUACCUUUUUUUAAACCAUGGAAACUUUGUGUUGGGGGUCACAUGUAGUGUGUGUUUUCUGCCACGUAUUGAUUUGCAUGUAGGCCAGUUCUCAUCCCAUCAGACUCAAGCACUUUCUUCUACAUUCAUGACUUGUUUUUAUGCAAUUGCUGACUUCUUGUAGUUUUUUUUUUUUGUAAGCCCAAAUUUGCACACAAGAUGUUUACAAAGCAUUUGCAAAGGAAAAAAAUAACCAAAACAUUAAAACCAUACAUGUUUUUCCUUUCUCGACAGUUGUGUGAUUCUUUAUGUUGGAAUUUAUGAUCACAUAGUCCUAACUAAAUGACUGUGUGGUGUGAAACAGUUCAAGGGUUGUGAACACUUUUGCAAAGCACUGUAUGUCUAGAUUUGAAAGUUCAAGACCCCUUGGUGUGAAAUAUGUGGGGGGAGGGAGAAACCUCCGUAAUAAGACAUUCCAUAAGAUCGUAUCGAAGGUUUCCUGAGAUCCUGCAGAAAAAAUCAAAUCACAGUUAGGACUUUCGGCUCAUCUCAGCAUUUAGAGUCGACUGUUUGAGCUUUGAACUGCUGGACAGACUGCGCGUCAAACCCCAACACUCCUUGUCGCGAUUGACAGGAUUUGGGAAUUCCCCUUUAAACCUGUUGAUGUCAGGUGUGUCAGUUAUUGUUAUAGGAAGAAGGGGAGGGUCGCUGGAAAACUGAGGAUUUUUUUUUCCGGUUCCUCCCAGUAUCUGCAUUGGAAAGCUUUCCUUCUGAAUCCCAGAACUGGUUGCUCUCCAUUGCGUCUGUCUUUAUUCUUUGUUUUGUGUUACAAAGUUAUUAUAUGGGCAUAUCAGAUUGUCAGAUUAGUGGGGGGGGGGACUAAGGAUCACUAAAUAGGGUGAAGAUUACGAAGCACUUACUGUAAUAUACUGGAGUUUGCCUCUUUUUUUGUGUGUGUAAAGGAGGAUCUCCUCAGCUGAAGCUCUUGAGGUUAUGAGUUAAAAAACCGCACAGCUGUGUAUCCCCCAACCCUCCAUGUCAGUCCUCCUACAUUUACCAGUUUAUCUUUUGCAUCUUCUUGCAUCUUUUAUCUUGUCGUUUUAUGUAUUUUAUCUUUUUUUUUUUUUUUGCAGCUCAGUUUCUUCCCUAUUGUUUUUAUUUUUAUUUUUUACUUUGUUAGACUGGUCAGUGCAUAUGGUCAUCAAGAAGCUAUUAUGUUUUUGUUUUUUUUAUGUUUCGGGGAUAAAGAGGCUUGUGCCUUUGUAAAAACAGAAUAAUAAAGUUUGUACUUUGUUUUUUAAA